GCUUCACUGCUGUUCUUAACUCGCCACCUGCUUAGACUGAGAGGAUGGACUGAGGCAGUGAGUGUCUCAGACUCGGCUGUGUAGUGAUUCCUGUGCCAAGUAAAGGACUUACGCUUGACUGACGAAGCUGCUGUUAUAACUUUUGGGGAAGUUCCACUCACGAUUAUUCUAUGGAAUAAAAGAGAGAGACUAGAGCCUAAAACAAAAUGGAGAAGAGGAGGAAAGUCUCUCAUUUCUGCUCUCUGCUUCUGGCUCUUCUGUAUAUCACCACACCUUCCUCAGCUCAAAAUACUACUACUGCCACCUCCACUGUCCGUAGCCCAACCACUACUACCGCCACCACCACCGCCACCACCACCACCACCUCCACCACCACCACCACCACCACCACCUCCACCUCAGCACCCAGCCCUGCAGCUCUUGGUUAUCGUACACGCCCAGCUAACAUUACAGUGGUGGUGGGAGAACCUGCAGAGUUUCGCUGUGGAGUGCCCGAAGACUCUCCCAGUCUUGUGUUCACUUACUACAGUAGCCACGGCAACUACAGCAUCACUUGUCCAAAUGGCCACGUGGAAGAUAUCGCCCAGGCCCUCUAUGGAAAAUGUGACGUGAAGAACGGAGAGCUACUGGCUGUGUGGACCCUGCAGGGAACCUCUUUCUCUGAUAAUGACACACGAGUCGUCUGUCAGCAGCCAAACAAUCCUGACUCUCUUACAGCUGUGCUAAAUGUUUAUGAUAAUGGCACUGCCUUUGCCACUCUGAUCGGCUGUACCAUCGGAGCCUUCUUCGGCAUCCUGUUGGUGUUUGCUUUAUCUUACACCAUGAUCUGGAGAUCUGAGCAGUGCCAGAGAUGCUUCAGGGGAAAUGAAAGAGAGGAUGACAUGAUCACAAUAGUAUCAAAGGAUGACACCAAGAUAGAAGAAAAAGCAAGAAAGAAAAUCGAAGAAUUCUGAGAAAGAGGUGAUGAAGAUGUGUCUUUGUAAACAUCUCCAGAGUUGGCAUCACUUCACCUUCCUCUCCAACCAUAAAUACAACAGGAAUUCCUACUCUGGAGAUGAGAACAGACUCAUGUCUGAGCCGCUAUAUUUUCAGUUCCUUGUUGUGCUCCAACUUAACCUUGCACAUACUAUGCACAGUCCAACUCUUUAUAACACGGCACUUCUCACAAUACAACAAGAUGAUUAAACCUUC